AUGAGGCAACGACAGUUGCAGGGUGAAAGUGCGAUGAAACGGCCUUCCUGGUCGAUGUCAUGCCGGUCUCCAGCUUUUGAUACGAUUAAAGAUAGAAUCAGUUGGGUGGGGCAACAGAUAGCGUCACCAACAAGAGUAGUUACUGCCGCUUCAAAGAAUUUCACAGCGGGUUCUCCCAUGAUUUCCAACGAUGCUGAUUUCUCGGGUGCUGCGGAUGAAACUCCUGCUGAAUGUUGUGGCCGACUAAAGAUAGAUGCAAUGGAGGAAGAUUUUUUCUUGGAUGUGGGAUGGGGCCCAUGCCGCAGCCUAACCGUGUCACCUGUGGUGUCUAAUCCGGAGGACAGUAAUGAUGAGACAGACGAAAUGUGGGCACGCCGAUACGUGUGUGAGCGACGACCCCUAAAGAAACGAGCGAGUGAAAGGGCGCGAGAACACCACUUAAAUUCAUCUGCGAUGGGUGUUUUGUUUUGUCAUCCUAUUGCUAUGAAGCGAUUCCACACGGGAGUGAGGGACAUUCAACCCAAUGGCAGUAGUUACGCUGGUGGUGCCUCGAAUGGGAAGUGCGACCACAGUUUUGAGGAGGAGGCAGAUGCAGAGGGAAGUGAUUGUGGUAGUUUUUCAGAGGCUAAGGUCCAGUUCGGCAGUGGCACUGCUUUCAGUUUUACCAGCGGUGACGUAAGCGCUGGGCGUGCUAUAGCUUUAGAGAUGAUGGAGGAAGAUGAGAAGAUACGGUCGUGUGUUAACUCACAGCAACCAAACCGUGGGAGACGGUAG